GGCGGGGGAGUGUCUGGCUGCCCCCGCCCCUCGAGUGAGCGACUGGGCGCAGAGGUCCCCUCCCUCCUCGCUCGAGUCUGCCAGCUCCCGCUCGCUCCCUGCCCACUCCCGGGGGGCUGUUCCGUGGCGCGGCCGCCGCGGCCACCGCUUCUUUCACACUUUAGUUGCGAGCGGCGCGCCGCGCUCAGUGACUGGAGAGCUGGCCGCACGCCGCCUUCCCGCACACACGCACGCGGGCCCGGCUCCGGGGCUUUCUGCUUUUACUCCAGGCGGCGGGGAGGAGGGGGAGCCCCGGCCACACUGUGGGGAGGAGGAGGACGUGGAAGAGGGAGGAAGAGAACGGGCGAGGAGGCCAGGGGCGGGGCGCGGGGGGCUUGCCAUCUUCAGCCCCCCCCCGCGAGCGCCCAAGGGAAACUCCUUAAACAGGAAGGUAAACAGCUCAAAAUUGCUCGGGGAAGUUCCUGAAACUGACCAGAUUCACUCGGCCCCUCCCUGCCAGAGUCAGAAAUAGAAGCUGCAAAGAAGACUCAGCUGGGCUCAGAAGAAGACUCACAGAUAAACCGUGCUGCGAGAAGCAGAAACGAACAUCCCUAUGAGAGCAGACCAGUUGCUCGGGAAGGGUACAUCCCAGCCUGUUGAGCUGCCUGCAGGCUGUGCAGUGUGCCUCGGGUUUUCCAGCUUUGGGAGCUGUCAUCUAUGCUGGGGUGGGCCUUGGUGCACACACUGUGACCAACGCAACGACGAAGUGGAUUUCCUUUGUGUUUAAAGAGAGAAGAAGAAAAAUGUCCCCGUGUCUGUAGAGAUGAUUUGCAGUUCAGCCCGGCUGAAGCUGACCGAAUGAGACUAUGGGCUGUGCCUCUGCCAAGCAUGUUGCUACUGUUCAAAAUGAAGAGGAGGCUCAGAAAGGGAAGAACUACCAGAACGGGGAUGUGUUUGCCGAUGAGUAUAGAAUCAAACCCGUGGAAGAGGUCAAAUACAUGAAAAACGGAGCAGAAGAGGAGCAGAAAAUAGCAACCAGGAACCAAGAAAACCUGGAAAAAAAUGCCAGCUCGAAUACGAGGCUUAAAACUAAUAAAGAAGUCCCUGGAUUGGUCCAUCAACCCAGAGCAAACAUGCACAUCUCUGAAAGCCAACAAGAAUUCUUCAGAAUGCUGGAUGAAAAAAUUGAAAAGGGUCGGGAUUACUGUUCUGAAGAAGAGGAUAUUACAUAGCAUCGGUUCUCCCACUCGGACCAGGAGCUACUACUGUGUAAAUAGGUUACACCCCAGUUGAAACCUUUGCAAAGGUCGGUUCUCUUCGCUGAACAGCACUAUAGCAAACGAAGACCGUUCCAUAUCGUAUGCCCCAUUAAAUUACAGUGUUUCUUAAUGAACCUGAAAAGGAAUAUUGCUAAACACAAACAUACACAUACAAAAAAAAAACUGUUCUGGAACUUUCUUUGUUGCUGCUAGUUAAAACUUGUUGCAACUUUUCACUUCUCUUGUGUCCAAGUAUGCAGCAAAAUUCUGCAGUUCACCUUAAAGAUACUAUUGGUUUUCUGAUGCUCUCCGGCCUAUUUUCUAUAAGAUGUAGCGAUGAACUCUGAUACAGACUUCAGUCCUAGCCUGGUUCUGCUUUGAGGUCAAGCUUCUCUUCCCCUCUUUCCUCCUUAUCCCUCUCUUCCAAGUGGUCCAGAGAUGGCCUGAGCCUUGCUUCUCACUGGUUAAUGUGGGUCUUUGGAGAUGGGAUGGUGGCCAUGGUGAGCCUUGUUUCACUGCUCCAAAGUUGAACAGCCACGGUUGGUUAAGAGCAUGUUGUGACCUGACUCCUGGAAGUGACACCGGAGUGAGCAGCAGGUCGUGCCACUUACUAGGACUCUUAGUGCAGGAUGAAGCUUGUGGCAUUGGCUUUGCUCAGAUGCAAAUGGAAGUGGGACCACAUCAUUUUGAAUCCCUCCUCCUCACUUUUUUUCUAAGAAAUAAACAUUUUACUGUUUUUAUGUAUCCUUGUCUUCUCCCAUUCAUCCAGGUUAAAAUCUCCCCUUUUAAGAUGACCCUAAGUGUGGAAGUUAAGUGUUCCUUCAUAGUGACACUGAUGAGUGGCCUAAAUGGCUCCCCACCCUUCUGUUGAUAUUUGCCUGGUUUGGAAGGGCUGUGAGUGCUCAGAAGAGAUGAGGGGACACCCUGUGACUUCUUAGGGCUGGAAACCACCGUGACUUUUGGUUUUAGUAGGUCUUAAAGCACGCUGUUUUCUAACUCUCCCCCCUUCAAAAUGCUACGUGAGCCUUGCCACGUCCUUCCAUUGUGUUUCCAGCACCAGUAGAAUGGGUGAGAGGUGUCUGUCUGAAGGAAAUCGGGACAGUCGCACGGUCAUGCCAUUUGGAGAUGUGGAAGCCGAAAGUCCCUGGUGGUGGGGAGUAUUGACUACGUGUUCAGUAGAGUUUAUUUUUCCAUACUGUAUGAAGAGAAUGGUCUCUUCUCAAAGACAGAAGUAAUAUUUUUAACAAAUAUUGUCACAAGUAAAUAGCAAUCAAAAGGAGAAAAUAACUUUUGUAUUUUUUUAUCAUGUUUGAUAGCUUUGUUACUUUCAGGGGAGAGCACCCUAUUCAAUGCCAUGCCAGCAUGCCAGCAGUCCAGGGUUGGGUUUGUCCUACACACACACAGGAAUGCUGUGUUUUUCACUUUGAGGGUUGUGAGUUUGAGAGCCUCACUAUCAGCCACACUGCCACCUUUGAAAGGUGGAAUAGUUACCAGAGGGACAGUUACGAUGUUCCCAGCUGUCAGAAGGUGUCCGCCGCAGAAAAGAAUCGGGAGCUAAAUUGGUUCUUGCCUAAAUGAGCCUUGACUUUUAAAUCUGUCCACAGAAUGUCAAGAUCUCCUGUUAGACCCAGGGCAACAAAAGUGCGGGAGGGAAAAUGCAGCCGAGUAUAACCAACAAAAUCCGUAAUUCUUGCAGCCGGCAGUGGCUAUUUUGGGGAGCAGCUGUGGUUGUUACAUAAAUAGAGUUGCAGCCAGAAGCUAAGGCUUUUUUAUCCAGCUUCAAGCAGAAAAAUGCAGGGAGAGUCAAGUAGUCUAGGGUUUUAAGUUCCCUCCCCUUGUACGGUUUUGGCCAAAGGACGAAAAUAGUUUUCCUCAACUGUAAAUGAACUGCUAAGCCCCACCUCAGCUUGUUCACUGGAGACUUUGUUCGCUGUUCUGCGGAUGGCCUUUUCCGGAUUCGCAUGUUCUUAUUGCGCAAGAACGAGACAAUGGUAACGUCUUCCACGUGACUCCUCUACUCGGUGUCUAAGACAGUGUCUUCCCAGAACGUCAACACCCUCGACCAGGAGAUGAAACACCCGUGUCCUUUGCCUCAGUCACGUUUAGCAUUUUUGGAUAUUACCCAUGUCUCUUGAGAACCUGACUUUCGAGUGUUAAUAAAACCCUAAGUGCUAUUUAGGAAGCAGCGGUUGUCACAGUUCUGUCUCCUAUGUUUCACACUGGAGAUACCUCCUCACUGUACAGAAGUGAUUUCAUCUUCAGACACAUUUGGUACCUCUAGAAAUAGGUCCAAGAAAUGGGAUGGUUGAGUGGGUUGGCAUGAAAUGGCUUAACUAUGUUAGCAACACUCAAAACUGUCUGUUUUCCAUUUGUUGGUUUGAAUCAUAAAAUUGUCAAGUGAUGUGUGUUUGUACUUUACUUUUCUAUACCUUCUGGAAGGAUCUCAGUUAAAAAUAGCCACUCCACCCCCCACAUCAGGACAUAAUGGGAAGAAUUAUCCAGUUUAUCUGCUGGUACAUCUUGCUAGUUGUCAUGUCUGUAGGACUUGGCAGUUGGGGGGGGGGGGGAAUGGCCUGGUGGGUGCAGGAAGAAAACUGUUGAAAAUGGACAGGAAGCUGUUUUGAAGAGCCUUUGGAGGGGCUGUGUGCUAGCUAGGGCAUUUGGUCUAGUGGCCAGGGGGUGGAGUGGGUCUGCUGGCGAGAUUUGCAGCUGGGUUACACACGCCUCGUGUCCUCCAAGCCAUAGAGUUGUAAAGGCUCAGCCGUGUGUGCCCAGCUUUCUUUUGCUUGGCAGAGAUUCAGGAUCACGGAGUACCGCUCUCAUAAUUGAGUACGUGUUUCUUGCUGGCAGACAGACUCAAAAGACGCUUUUACCUCCACAAGGCCUCCUAGCCUCGGGCGUAAGUGGGAGCAUAGAGUGACAUUAUGGUCUAUUUAGGGACAAAGAAGGGACAAAGUCCAGAAAUGAGAAAACUAGGUCAGCCCCCAGAAACAGCCACACAGUGGCAGGACUCUCCUGUCUGCUGUGCCCGGGGUGACUCAAGUAAGAAAUGCGUGGCCCAGGAAUAGCCUUGGUUCCCAGCCCCCUGGCGCCUGUCUGUUCCUCCACUGUGAGGCAUAAAGGUUCUCUGUGUUGUGGGUGUACCCAAGCACCAAGUGACCAUGGCAGCCCAAGAUGGUAAGCCUCACCCCUAGCUCCCAGGUGGAUGGCCUCUGACACUUGAGUUGCAACUUCGUCCUCCGCCCACCCUCAUCACCAUCUUUCUUUCUGUUCCAGCAGGAGUGGUCCUGUAGCCCUGCUAAGAGAGAGUAUACCUCUCCUGAAUACCUCACUCACCUAUAGUGUGGGUUUGCAGAGUGAUAAGUCCUGUUUAGACGCUGGGUGAGAAUUUAAAAGUUGCUCCAUCUCUGCUGGUCCCAAGAAAAGACACUUCAUUAAACAUGUUUGUUUUGCAAUAAGAGGGAAUAUCACUUUCUUAAUCCUGGAAAAUACAAAGAGUCUAGACUUUAAAAUCCAGAUAUUUUCAUUAUAAUAGAUAUAACAAUAGAUAUCAAAAUCCUCUCCCUUAGGCUUCUCUCAAAAGCAAGAGGUGGGAGCGGCAUCACAUUAUACUCUGUAAUUUUACAUAAGCUCUGCCAUCCUUGCUUUUUCCACCAGAAAGUUGUCUCUGAGCUGUGAAGCAUUACUCUUUUUUAGAAGUUGAUCUCUUUGUUAAGUGGCUUAAAACUCCAGCAGAAGAACAAGGCAUGGUCAGUGGGUAGGGAAUAUGUGUUUUAAAGGCAUAAUGAAAAGAUAGUUGGAAGAGGGCCUUCAGUAUGUCAUGGGUGGUCGGCAGACCCCAGUGUGCCUCUUCCAAGCUGGGUGAGCCCUCUGCCAUUGCUCUGAGCUUGGGAUUCCUUGAGUAAGGUCUGUGGAUCGCUUUUAUAGACAAACAAGUGCCUUCCUCUAAUGGGGAAGACGCCUUUGAUUUCCACAGUCGCCUUUUCUAUUGUCGUGUCUCCAGACAAAAAAAUCACAAAUCUGUGGGAGAAUACAUGUCUCUUGUGACAAACUCUGGGGCCCAUUGGUGUCACCAUGGUUUUCAGAGGAUCCUCUGUCAUAUCUGAGAGCUGAUUUUAUCUUGAGUGGGAAGAGGAAAGGGAACUAAUGGUUAUUAUUUGUGCUCACUCCGUGCCGGAUGCUGCCCUCAGUAUUCUGUCUUUAGCUGAUGUAUUCUUCAGAACAGACCAUUUAUCACACACACACACACACACACACACACACACACACACACACACACACACACACACACGUUCUAAGUAAUGUGUCCUACAUGUUGAAUUCCUCUGCCCAUGAUGGUCAUGUUAAAAGAAGGAAAAAUGUCAUUCAAGUAUAUAAUUACUAUUAUUACUACGCACCUUGCAACACUGUGAAGAAAAAAAAAAGCCUUUUGGGGCACCCAUCUUCUAGAGUCUGUCUUUGGCUCCUUACCAGCUUCCUGUCCUCAUGGAGAGUCUUUCUUGGCCUUCGCUAAUCCUACAAGUGUCACACAAACCCUGAGAGGCCACUGGUGACAGAAGAGCUUUGGGGCUCAGAAGGGAAAGACUUGGGGGAUUUAGACACAUCUUUUCAGCUUCUGAGGAAAGACGCAGCCUGCACCACGUUUUGGGUGCUCUUCCCUGGUUUUCCUAGGCUUGUUUCUUCAGAAUAAGAAUAAUUUGAAAGAUAAAAGCCUCACCUUUGCAGAGAGAUCUGAGAGGCUCUGAGGAGGAAAGGCAAUGGACCACUGACUUACGUGGAAAUCCUUUCUAGUGGCCUACGCUUGGCUGUUUCUCUUUCUGAUUGCUGGGUAGGGGGUCUGUAUCUUUCCAGGCUCAUUUAAGCGCCACACCCAGAGGUGACUCUCAGUGGUGACCUAGAAAGAGUCACUGUGGUCCAAGGUCAGGCCAGCCCAGGAACUCCACAGAGCUCAUCUCCUUGCUCUGGAAAAUCUGCAGGGUAAAAGAUGAGCCAUUUCUGCAGCAUCUGGUGAAGGUGCUACCUGGAGGGGACCAACAGACGCCCUCCUUGACUCACACAGCAAGAUCCCAAAGAAUUUCUUGCCCAAGUUCCUUGGGAAGUAGGUCCCCAGGAUCCUGGUUGCUUCUAACCUAGCAACUUCUAGAUUCCUUCAGGGUAGUGUAGGAAUGGCUCUUAGCUCAUGGAAGCCAGAGAAAUUCCUAAGUCAGGACGGUCCCACUAGGCUGAAGUCUCCUAUAUGACAUUGUCUCUUGCCCUGAAUCCAUUCUUCGUUCCUUCUCAAGGAUUAUUUUUAGAUCAAGCCCUUGGAUUUGACUGAAUAAGAUUUAAAGCAAAAAGAACAGCCGAAAUUUAGUGAGACCUGCCUUCAGCUCUCCAGGAUUGAAAGUCAGACCGUAGGGCUACUUGGCUCAGACCCAGGAGUUUAAAAGAAAAAAAAGGCAGUCCCUGGCUUGACAUUUCAGUGCAGACAUUCAGGGGCCCUUCCCCUUUGACAGGCAAGUGAGCAAAGGGAAGUUUUGCUGAAGAUUCCAAGUCUUAUUUUUUCCAUCCAAUGAAAGAUGUAAAGUCAUAAAGAUCUGCUUUGCUGGCUCAGACCCAGGCAGUUGCCUUAUUAGGACGUUAAAUUUGGAUCUGUUCUUUAACACAUACACAAACAUAGAUCGAUAAAGUAAACAUAAAUGCUUAAUCAUAGACAAGCUGGGGGAUGGGGGAUCUGUCUUCUGCCCUUCUGUAAUCACUACAAUAAUGUCUAGGGGAAUAUCCAUAUAACUGUAAGGAUGCUUAAACUGGAAAACCUAGCGACUCCAGUGGGAGUGCCAAGGUGUGUGCGUGGUCUUCUUGCCCUGUGCCCUUCUGUGCCUGGUGUCUGCAUGUGUCAGGCUCCCCUGGGCCUCUGGGUGGGUUCUUUGACUCGUGUUCUUUCUCAGCCCACAGUGGGACUGAAGACGCAUGCCAGGCCCAGGCAUAGCAUUGCUCACACAUUCCCAUCCAUCCAUGUGGCCUUGGCUGUGACAUUGCCGCAAUUCCCCUGGGACGCUCGGUUAUCGAUGUGUCGAGUCAGGGUACCUGUCAGUUGUCCUAGGUGUGGUAUAGGUUAGCUCCCUCCUUUCCAGUCCCAGUGUGCAUUCGCCAGAUUAUUUGCACACCUAGUAGACUCCAGGCCCUGAGCCGAUGACCAAGCAAUACAGAGGUGAACCAAACAGUUUCCACCCUUCAGGAACCUAUACUAAGGAGAUCUACCUGAGGGAGAUCAGGGAUACUGUGGGGUCAGGAUGGAAUGGUAGCCAGCCGGCUUCGGGCAUAGAAGCUUCCAGAAAAUAGCAGCAAAAUCCAUACUUGUCUGGGCACAGAGGGAAAGUACCAGAAGAAUCAUUCUGAGAGGACAACAUAGGACUUCCCAUGGGUGGAGGGGGCCAUCUGGGGCCUCCUUUCAGGGAAAGGGUUGGAGCUUAGGAAUAGCAGAGAAAAGAGCAGAAAAUGAGAACAGGGUAGCAAACCAGGCCCCGGGGCUUUCCUGUGGAUUCGUGGAAAAUGAAGGAGAGUUUCAGAAACCUAAUCUGCGCUCUUCACUCAGUGUGUGUCCCUGAAAGCUUAGUACGAUCAUUCCCAGAGUGGGGAUUGACUUCUUUUGGAAAUACAGAGCUGCUGGCUGGGAAGAUGUAUGCCCAGCCAUCCUUUCUUCCCUUUCCAACUUCUCUUCCCAAAACACUGUUUGAGUUCAAGGUCUUUGGCCACGGCUGGAUCUGGUUUGGAGACAGCUAGUUCAUCCUGACCCAUCUUUAGAGAAAUAACUAAAGUACCUCUUGGGACUAGGUUGGCCUAGACCUGGAGAUGAGAGUGCUCCCUAAAAUAAAUAACUAUUUAGGAAGUGGCGAGGGCUUCCGUGUUGCCUGUGUCGCUCUAAGAAGAGGCAGCGCCUUUGCGUAGCCUUCCCUGGGUUAGCUCACCUGCACUGGCCCCGGGAGGCAGCCAAGCCUCUGCCAGGUCACAAGAACACGCUGGAGUCUUGCCAAGGACACAAGAGUAGAGGAGUUGGGGGGGGGGGGAGUGUUGCUUUUUGAGUUGUCUUUUUGUUUCUUUUUUUAAUCAUAAAGUACAGAUAAACAGUGUGUAGAUGCAGAAUAUCCACAAGACUGCACAGUGGCUGAGGACCUGGCAGGGACUUUGAUUGAGGGGAUCUCCCCUGGAGGCCCCAGGUGAGCAGAAUCUGGCUGUGGAAACAGUUUGCAGUGCCUUUUAAGUUUUCCAAAGAACCUUUUCAGGGUUUGCAGCACUGGGUCUCUUUCUCUCUCUCUGUCUGUCUCUGUCUGUCUCUGUCUGUCUCUGUCUCUCUCUCUC